AUGGAUAUUGACGAAGAGUUUAAUUUAACUCCACCAGAAGUGGCAGAAACUGCCAAAAAAUUGUUGUUUAUCGUUAAGGGCAGAACGGGGCAAUUGACAUUGUUUAAUAUUUUAGUAACAAACUUACUGUUAUUGUUCUUGUUGCAAGGCCGGCCCUGUCGCCGGUUCAAAAACCGGUGUGGAUCUUGGCCCAAAACUGAUCCGGACUUCCCCAUAUACCCCCGCCCGUCUUCAGGAAAGCGUGCAUUGGCAAUGUUCGCUCGCUGGGGAUCGAUAAACAGUAUUGGAAAGAACCGGCCACCAAUCAGAAGCAACCCCUACGAUUCCGAUGGAGACGACACAUACAACAGCAACAGACGAAUGCAAGGUCAGCCACUGAGGUGGGGGUAA